CACUUGCACAACAACACUGGUUUAAAUCUGACUGACUGCAGCUCAAAACAGAUGUUCCAGAACUGAGUCUGUACUGUGUCUCAUUUUGUUUUCAUAGCUGUCAAAAAAUGUUUUUGUUUAGGUUCUGAAAACUGGUAAAGUGAGUUUGAAUGUUGGACUAUCAAUUUUAAAUCAUUUCAACGGCUGUGUCAAACUUUGAGUCAAAAAGUCACUUUACAUGCAUGGAUUUUGACUACUCUUUCACUUUUGACUUCUCAGUGUGUGGGCUUUACUUUCUUCAGAGCAUGCAAAUCUGCAGACAUCACUUAUUAUCCUUAGCAUAGGGUUGAUUUUACUGUGUUUGCUCUGUCGGACUGUGACCUCGCACACACAGUGCUCUAUCAUCUGUUCAGUUGGCAUUUUACUAAGAAAAGGGGGAAUGUGAUUAGCCAAGUUUUUAUUUCACACAGCUGAGUGUGGAAACCUGCAUUUAUUGCAAUGCCUUUGUCUGUACAGUCUACUAAGAAAGACCCAGUCUCAGGAGUACGACGAUCGGAUCAAGCCUUUUGAUUUAAACGGAAUGCACAUCUAUACUGAAACACUAUGUGGCUACAGUAGACUCCUUGUCUGGGGUCCCUUGGAUUUUGCUAGCUAAGGAUAAGUUUGGGAAUUGGGGAUUUUAGUCUAUUGUUGCUGCCCAGUAUCUUGACCCCUGUUCCGGAGACUGGACUGCUAUGGUGCUGUAUGGGAGGACAUGAAAACCUGCUGACAAAGCUUGACCUUUGGACCUUCUGGCGGGACUUUUAAUCUGCAAGGAUUUCCAAGUCACCCUUUUUAUGAAGUUUAGCUUCAAGACUAAAAAGACAGAAUGAAGCUCAAGAAGCAGGUGACUGUAUGUGGCGGGGCCAUCUUCUGUGUGGCUGUCUUCUCUCUGUAUCUAAUGCUGGAUCGUGUCCAGCCUGACUCAGGCAAGAGACAGGAUGGAGGAAAUUUUCCAAGGAGCCAGAUUUCAGUGUUGCAGAACCGAAUUGAGCAGCUGGAGCAGCUUCUGGAGGAGAAUCACCAGAUCAUCAGCCAUAUUAAAGAUUCUGUGCUGGAGCUUACAGACACGGGUGCCAUCUCGCCGAGCGGCCACCUUCCAUUCCGCAGUGCCAACGGCUCCUGGGUGCUCCCCCUUGACGGCAGGCCCAAUUUUCUCUCUGUCAAGCCCCAAGACUGCCAGUUUGCACUGGGCCACCGUGGCCGAAGUGACCUGCAGAUGUUGGAUGUAUACUCCAUACUGAACUUUGAUAAUGUGGAUGGAGGGGUCUGGAAGCAGGGCUUUGAUAUCACAUAUGAGCACACAGAGUGGGACAAUGAACCCUUGCAAGUGUUUGUGGUGCCUCAUUCCCACAAUGACCCAGGCUGGAUCAAAACCUUUGACAAGUAUUUUAGUGACCAGACUCAGCACAUUUUUAACAACAUGGUUGUUAAGCUUGCAGAGGACCCACGUAGAAAAUUUAUCUUGUCAGAGAUGGCCUUUUUUGUUAAGUGGUGGGAGACUUCGGACAGUUACAAGCAGGAAGCAAUACGCAAGCUGAUCCUAGGAGGGCAACUUGAGAUUGUAACCGGAGGCUGGGUAAUGACAGACGAAGCCAACGCUCACUACUUUGCCAUGAUUGAUCAACUUAUAGAGGGCCAUCAGUGGCUGGAAAAAAACUUGGGUGUGAUUCCUCGCUCAGGUUGGGCCGUUGACCCUUUUGGCCACAGCGCCACCAUGCCUUAUUUACUAAAGAGGGCCAAUCUGACCAGCAUGCUAAUCCAGAGGGUUCACUACUCUAUCAAGAAGCAUUUUGCUUCAACACGCAGCCUGGAGUUCAUGUGGAGACAAGCUUGGGAUCCUGAGGCAGGCACAGACAUAUUCUGUCACAUGAUGCCAUUCUACAGCUACGAUGUGCCUCACACAUGUGGGCCUGACCCAAAGAUCUGCUGCCAGUUUGAUUUUAAGAGGCUGCCAGGAAGCAGAGUGAACUGCCCGUGGAAGGUGCCUCCUCAGGCAAUCACAGAUGCCAACGUGGCAGAGAGGGCUGAAGUCCUUUUGGACCAGUAUCGUAAGAAGUCAAAGCUUUACCGUAGCAAAGUUGUGCUUGUACCACUGGGAGAUGAUUUCCGCUAUGAUAAAGCACAGGAGUGGGACCAGCAAUACACAAACUACCAGAAGCUUUUUGAUUACAUGAACUCUCAUCCAGAAAUGCAUGUAAAGGCACAAUUUGGUACGUUGACUGACUACUUCAACGCACUUUAUAAGACUAAUGGGGUGGCCCAGGGGGCAAAACCACCUGGUUACCCUAUACUGAGUGGUGACUUCUUUGCUUACGCUGACCGAGAGGAUCAUUACUGGAGUGGUUACUACACCUCUAGACCAUUCUACAAAAGCCUGGACCGUGUGCUUGAGUCACACCUUAGGAGUGCAGAGAUUCUGUAUAGCCUGGCUGUGGCUCAUGCGCGCCAUGCAGGAAUGGAAAGCCGUUAUCCCAUCUCCGACUACACCCUUUUGACAGAUGCCAGACGCAACGUAGGCCUCUUCCAGCAUCACGAUGCAAUUGCUGGCACUGCUAAAGAGGCUGUUUUCAUUGACUACGGCACCAGGUUAUUGCACUCACUUAUUGGCUUGAAAAAAGUGAUCAUCAAUGCAGCACACUUCCUUAUAAUGAAGAAAAAAGAUGUCUAUCGUUUCUACCAGACAGAGCCCUUCCUAGAGACGGAUGACAGACGUGCCACGCAGGACUCUCUUCCUCAGCAAACACUAAUCGAAUUGGAUGCCUCUCCCAGGUAUGUGGUGCUGUUGAACCCAGUGGAGCAGGAGCGUCUGUGUGUGGUCACUGUAUUGGUGAACUCUGUGCAUGUCCGAGUGCUUACUGAGGAUGGCCAGACCCUACCAGUGCAGCUCAGCGCUCAGUGGAGCUCAGCCAUGCAGAUGAGUGGAGAAGUCUACCAGGCUUCCUUUAUGGUGCGGCUUCCUGCUUUGGGAUUGGCUGUGUUUCAUCUGUACGACUCGACUGACUCACCCAUGACCAUGCGCUCUGAAACAGUGCUGAGGGUUCCAGGGCGGAGUCAGAGCAUGCAUCGAAUUGACCCCUUUCCUGUGCGCACUCAGAUAGCUGAUUCACAGCCGUUCUACAUACAGAGCCAGUAUCUCACACUGGGCUUCUCUGGAACCACAGGCCUGUUAGAGAGUAUCCGACGUAAGGACGACCCUCAGGAAUUAAGAGUGCAGAUCCAGUUCCUCACCUACGGAACUCGGUCCUCCAAGGACAAAAGUGGGGCAUACCUUUUCUUACCAGAUGGCAGUGCCAAGCCCUAUGUGCAGAAUGAUCUUCCUAUUGUGCGUGUGGUCGAGGGUCCUCUUUUUUCGGAGGUGGUCACACACUACCAGCACUUCCAGCAGACCAUCCGUAUACACAACGUGCCAGGUGUAGAUGGUCAGUCUCUAGACAUCACCACCUUGGUGGACAUCAGAGAUCAGAGCAAUAAGGAGCUGGCCAUGCGCUUUGUAACAGACAUUCGUAAUGAGGAUACCUUUUACACAGACCUUAAUGGCUUUCAGAUCCAGCCACGCAGAUAUUUCCAGAAACUGCCACUGCAGGCCAACUUCUACCCCAUGCCAACCAUGGCCUAUAUACAAGACAGCCAGUAUCGCCUGACCCUGCACACAGCCCAGGCCCUGGGGGUCAGCAGCCUCAGUAGUGGUCAGUUGGAGGUUAUUUUAGAUCGUAGGUUGAUGCAGGAUGAUAACCGGGGUCUAGGACAAGGUCUAAAAGACAACAAAAGAACAGUCAACCGCUUCCGGCUUUUACUCGAAAGGAGAUCCAGCAGCAGCCGGGCUGCUGAUAGUGGACCAGUUAGCUUCCCUUCUCUGCUGAGUCACAUCACUUCUGCCAUCUUGAACCACGAGGUGAUGGUGCUGCCAGUCAUUCCAAAAAGCAAUGGCAUUCCUCCCCUUCAUACCUUCUCCCCAUUUGGCAGUUCACUACCCUGUGAUUUCCACCUGCUUAACCUUAGGAGCAUUCAGGGCCAGGAUGCUAACUCUCCCUCGCCCUACACGGCUCUUCUGAUGCACCGGCUGGGUUUCGACUGUGGCUUGGAGUUACAGAACCCUGGAUUCAACUGCACCACCACAGAAGGGAAGGUGGUUCUGACAGAAACCUGUUUACCCUCUCGAGGUUAAAGACUGCAAGUCGAGACUGCAGUGCCAACAAUGCUGCUCCUACUAGAUGGGAUGGACACCUGGUGUGUUUGCACCAAAAAUGUCCAGAACUUACAAUGGACUUUAUCACACACUGGACUGAACAAUGAAGAACUCCAAUAAUUUUUGCUAGUUAUAACUUUCAGUUCAAUUUAAUUUUGUGUUUGUAUGAUGUGUAAAUCCUAUUUAUUUAAAGUAUCCUCCAGGCCACCAAAGGAGGAUGGGGGUCCCUGCUGAGUCUGGUCCCUCUCAAGGUUUCGUCCUGUAAUUUUAAGGGAGUUUUUCCUUGCCGCUGUCACCCUCAGCUUGAUCAAUAGGUGUUUUUUGUCUGUUGGUCCUGGAUGUUGUAAAGUUGUUUUGAGACAAUGUCCAUUGUAAAAAGCGCUAUAUAAUAAAUUUGACUUGACUUGCCUAGUAAAACCUAGGAUAUUACAUCCACGAUUAUGUUAGUCAGUCUCUACCACUGGCAGAUGAUUAGAAGAAUUUUUUUAAACAUUGCCAUA